GAUAAAAGAGUUUUAAAGGUAAUAAUACCGACAAUAUCAGAUAUCUCCAGCUGUUGCCCAAAUAAAAGUUGAACGGAAUUCCCUCACACUCUUCUGUCUCACAUGCUAUCCAUAUAUUCUUCACUCUCAACCCUAGUUAACUUAACCAUAGUUAACCCUCACUUCUUAACCAUAGUCAACCGUCUCCUCCACCAACUUUAAUACCACACUUCUUUAUUAUCUUCCACUUUCACUGCGCAUUUCACUUCUCUCUUUGCUAACGUACACCAUGACUGCACUACACUUCUUCCUCUUCACUCUCUUUACCGUUUCCGUUCAUGCACACAACAUCACUGAAAUUUUGAACCAGUUCCCGGAGUACAGUGUGUUCAACAGUUACCUCUCACAAACUAAACUCGCCGACGAGAUUAACAGCCGUGAAACUAUUACCGUUUUAGCUUUGCCUAAUGGAGCUAUGUCUGCUGUAGUCGACAAACAUCCACUUUCCGUUAUCAAAAAUGUUCUCUCUCUUCAUGUUUUGCUUGAUUACUUUGACGGCACUAAACUCCAUAAGAUCUCCGACGGCACUACAACUUCUACUACUCUUUACCAAACUACCGGCAAUGCUCACGGAAACGUAGGUUCCGUUAACAUUACCGAUCUUAAAGGUGGUAAAGUAGGUUUUGGUUCAGCUAUUCCGAACUCACCGUUGGCGUCUACAUAUACUAAAUCUGUGAAGCAAAUCCAGUAUAAUAUCUCUGUGUUGGAGGUUAGUGCUCCGAUUAUUGCUCCGGGUAUUUUGACGGCACCGGCGCCAUCUGGUGAUUUUAAUAUUACUGGUGCAUUGGAGAAAGCUGGGUGUAAAACAUUUGCGUCAUUACUUGUCAAAUCUGGAGUUCUCAAGACGUAUCAAACUGCUAUUGAAAAGGGUUUGACUAUUUUUGCCCCAAAUGAUGAGGCGUUUAAGGGAGCUAAAGUUCCAGAUCUGAGCGAACUCAGUAGCGCUGAUGUUGUUUCAUUGUUGCAGUAUCAUGCUAUUCCGAGUUACACUCCUAUUGGAACUUUGAAAACGAAGAAGGAUCCUAUUUCAACUCUAGCUACUAAUGGCGCUAGUAAGUAUGAUUUGAAAGCUUCAACAGAAGGUGAUCAGGUGACACUUGACACAGGUGUUGAUUCGUCCAGAAUCGCUUCCACAGUCAUUGACUCUACUCCCUUCUGCAUUUUCACCGUCGACAGUGUGCUUCUCCCGGAAGAAUUGUACGGUAAAUCUCCUUCUCCGGCACCGGGACCAGCUCCGGAAACUUCUCCAACACCAGCACCAGCCCCUGCUCCGGAAGCCAGCUCUCCUACUCCAAUGAUGUCUCCUCCUGCUCCGCCGACUUCAUCUCCGGCUGGUUCUCCGGCGGAUAGUCCAACUGCAGAUUCGGAGAACAGUACGGCGAAGAAGAAGAACGCCGGUAACGUUAACACUCCGGCGUUGCUGAAAGCUCUACUCACAGUGUCAGUCUCGGUAAUUGUGUCCGUUUAUUUGUUCUAGACCGCCAUUUUCCGUUUGUUUAAUUUAAUUUGGGUUUUUGGAGUCAUAUUUUUAUUUGUGACUCGCUUGCAGAGAAGAUUUUUAUUUAAUUUCAUUUAAUUUUUAAAUGUCCUUUAUUUGUGAGUGAGCCGUUGAGCUGACUAAAGGGCAUUGUUUUUUCUUUUGUUUUCUUUUCUUUUGUUCUGUUGCUGUACUUUGUUUUUAUUUUAAAUCCUUUUUCUUAUUUUUGGUAUAUAAUAAUGUUCCACUUGUUGAGUUA